AUGGUGAACUUUCAAGACGCGAUCAACAACUUGCUCAACAGGCAACGAUACCGGUUUCACGUGGACGAAGAAAGGCUGAGUUUUGCCAAGCGCGACGAAUUGAACAGUGACCAGAGUGAAACCCUGCGGGAAAGAAUGGAGGAGCAUGAGCUGCCAUCUGAACCUGGGGAGUUGGAAAGUGCCCAAGCACAGCCUGGGCUCGGCGAUACCUGUCACAUUACUACAUGGGAAGCCGGUUGGAAUGUCACCAAUGCGAUCCAGGGUAUUUUUGUCUUGGGUUUGCCGUAUGCUGCUCUGCACAGUGGAUAUGUCGGGUUGCUUCUCAUCACGUUGGCUGCUGUUAUUUGCUGCUAUACAGGCAAAAUUCUCAUCGCCUGUCUGUAUGAAGAAAAUGAAGAGGGACAGCUUGUCAGAGUGAGGACAUCAUAUGAAGACAUUGCCAAUGCCUGCUGUGAGCAACUAUUUCCGAAACUAGGAGGCAAAAUAGUUAAUUUUGCUCAGGUGGCUGAACUAAUAAUGACUUGCAUUUUGUAUUUGGUGGUGAGUGGGAAUCUUAUGGUCCACAGUUUCCCACAAAUGCCAGUGUCAGAGGAAACCUGGUUUGUGAUUGCUGUAAUGAUGUUGGUCCCAUGUAUUUUUAUACAAAAUCUUCAAAUUGUAUCAAAGCUAAGUCUUCUUUGCUCUGCCGUCCAUCUUGUUGUUCUGUGCGUUGUGAUUACCUACUGUAUGACACAAAUGGGGAAAUGGUCCUGGAGAAAGGUAACAUUUUCAGUGGAUUUUGAAAAGUUUUUGGUUUCUGUGGGGGUGAUAAUUUUCAGUUACACGUCACAGAUUUUCCUGCCCACACUUGAAGGCAGCAUGAGAAACAAGAGCAGCUUUGAUUGCAUGUUGAACUGGACUCAUUUGUCUGCAUGUAUCUUUAAAACAGUUUUUGUCCUUGUCUCAUUUUUAACCUGGGGAAAUGAAAUGAAGGAAGUAAUCACAGAUAAUCUGCCAUUCAACUUGCGGAUGUUGGUAAACGUGUGCUUGGUGGGCAAGGCCCUCCUUUCCUAUCCAUUGCCCUUUUAUGCAGCUGUGCAAGUUGUACAAAGUGGUAUUUUCAAUCUGGGAUCAAUGGAUGGAAAUACUCACAUCUGGCCGUUGGUUUUAAGAGCCAGUUUAUUAAUGUUAACCCUCCUAAUGGCUAUGUUAAUGCCACACUUCACCUUCCUAAUGGGAUUAACAGGCAGUGUUACUGGGGCGGUUAUGACUUUUCUCCUUCCUGCACUUUUUCACUUGAGGCUCCUCUGGGAUAAACUGGGCAAUCUAGAAAGAUUCCUGGACAUUUCUAUUUUUCUCCUUGGAUCACUAUGUGGCCUUUCUGGGAUCUUCUGUUCAGUGAAGGGGUUAAUUGGUGCUUUCAAAAGCAGCUAA